AUGAACAACAAUGCUGUCGAACAGGGAAAUAAUGAAUAUCGACCCACCAAAGGGGUCCGGAUACUAGAAUAUGAUCUAAUGGCUAAACACGACUCGAAAAUGACUAAAGUUGAGCUCCAGUUGUGGGAUACUAGUGGAAGUAAACGCUACCAGAAUUGCUGGCCAGUGAUUUUUAAGGGAGCACACGGUGUUGUUUUGGUGUAUAACGUUGAUCAGCCAGAUCAUGCUAAUGAGUUGGAUGAAUGUAAUCUCACCAUCAUCAAGUCCCGGCUUCCAAGUCAUGGUGACUCCUUGAGGGAAGCGUUCUCGAAGUAUGUGGGCCGACUGCUAAAUAAUUUGUCAGAAGCCACGGAACAAGAGGAACUAACUAUAAUUAACUCAUAG